AUGGUAAAAUUCUUUACACCUGAAUGUGACAAUGCAAAAGGACUCAAAGCCUUCUACGAUGCAAUAAAAUAUGGACCUAAUCAUCUGAUGGUUUUUGGUGGCGUAUGUGCAACAGUUACUUCUAUCAUUGCUGAAUCUCUAAAGGGAUGGAAUUUGGUUCAGCUUUCAUUUGCAGCAACAACCCCAGAGUUGGCUGAUAAGAAAAAAUAUCCUUAUUUCUUCCGGACAGUGCCAUCUGAUAAUGCAGUGAAUCCAGCAAUUUUGAAGUUACUCAAACGUUAUCAGUGGAAGAGAGUAGGAACUUUAACCCAGGAUGUACAAAGGUUCUCUGAGGUGAGGAAUGAUCUGACUGACGUCUUGUAUGGUGAAGACAUUGAAAUUUCAGAUACUGAGAGUUUCUCCAAUGAUCCUUGCACGGGUGUAAAGAAACUUAAGGGUAAUGAUGUUCGGAUAAUCCUUGGCCAGUUUGAUGAGGAAAUGGCUGUGAAAGUUUUCUGCUGUGCUUAUGAUGAAGAAAUGUAUGGCAGCAAGUACCAGUGGAUUAUUCCAGGGUGGUAUGAAAACCUUUGGUGGGAAUCCUGGAUUAAUUCCUCACAGUGUCUCAGCAAAAAUCUUCUUGCAGCAAUGGAAGGUUAUAUUGGAGUGGAUUUUGAGCCUCUCAGUUCAAAAAUGACAAAGACCAUAUCAGGAAGGACUCCACAGCAAUAUGAAAAGGAAUACAAUGCCAAGCGCGGUGAUGGACAAUCCAGCAAAUUUCAUGGUUAUGCCUACGAUGGAAUAUGGGUGAUUGCCAAGACUCUGCAGCACGCAAUGAAGCAUCUCAAUGAGACCAAGCAGCACCAAAAAAUUGAAGAUUUUAACUAUACAAAUCACAAACUUGGCAAAAUUUUUCUGGAUGCUAUGAAUGAAACCAGCUUUUUUGGAGUAACGGGUCAAGUCGUUUUCAGAAAUGGAGAGAGGAUGGGAACCAUCAAAUUUACACAAUUCCAAGAAAGGAAGGAAGUGAAGGUGGGAGAGUACAAUGCUGUGGAAGACAAACUGGAAAUAAUCAACAACAGCAUCAGGUUCCAAGGACUUGAGCCUCCAAAGGACAAAACAAUCAUACAAGAGGAGCUACGCAAGAUCUCCCUGCCUCUCUACAGCAUCCUCUCUGCCCUCACCAUCCUAGGAAUGAUAAUGGCCAGUGCUUUCUUGUUCUUCAACAUCAAAAACAGAAAUCAGAAACUAAUAAAGAUGUCCAGUCCCUACAUGAACAACCUUAUUAUCCUUGGAGGGAUGCUUUCUUACGCAUCUAUUUUUCUUUUUGGUCUUGAUGGAUCCUUUGUCUCCGAAAAGACAUUUGAGACACUUUGCACAGUCCGAACAUGGAUUCUUACAGUGGGAUACACAACUGCAUUUGGAGCAAUGUUUGCGAAAACGUGGAGAGUUCAUGCAAUUUUCAAAAAUGUAAAAAUGAAGAAAAAGAUCAUUAAAGACCAGAAGCUACUGGUGAUAGUUGGAGGGAUGCUACUGAUUGAUCUUUGCAUCUUGAUUUGCUGGCAGGUUGUGGAUCCUUUGAGAAGGACAGUGGAAAAGUAUAACAUGGAGCAUUCUGGUAGGUUUCUAGAAGUAGAGCUUUCUGGACAAACUGACAGCAAGAAACAUGACAGCAACAAUGCAGAACUAGGAAAAAACCAAUUCUACCUGUAUGCAGAUUAG